CGCCCCCCGCGGCACCGGGGCGCCUCCGCCGGCGCCGCGCGCGCGUCUGGUUGCUCCGCGGGGCCGCUGACCCGGAAGCGCUCUGCCCCGCCCCGCCUCGCUCGGCGGCGGCGGCGCGGCGCGGCGCGGCGCGGAAGAUGGCCGAGUCCCCCGAGGAGGUGGCGGUGCUGGUGCAGCGGGUGGUGAAGGACAUCCGCAACGCCUUCAAGCGCAACCCCCACAUAGAUGAAAUUGGAUUAAUACCCUGCCCUGAAGCCAGGUAUAACCGGAGCCCUAUAGUCCUGGUGGAAAACAAGCUUGGUGUGGAGAGCUGGUGUGUCAAGUUUCUUUUGCCAUAUGUCCACAAUAAACUUCUCCUCUACAGACAAAGAAAACAAUGGCUGAACAAGGAUGAACUGAUAGAUAUCACAUGUACGCUGCUGCUACUGAACCCAGAUUUCACCACUGCUUGGAAUGUAAGGAAAGAAUUAAUACUGUCUGGCACUUUAAAUCCACUUAAAGAUUUGCAUCUUGGAAAACUGGCGUUAACCAAGUUUCCAAAGAGUCCAGAAACGUGGAUUCAUAGACGAUGGGUGCUGCAACAACUAAUUCAGGAAAACUCCUUGCCCACUCUUGUGACUAAAGGAAAUUUGGGAGCAGCACCUGUGGAGAGAAUUCACCGGCUAGUACAGGAAGAAAUGGAUGUCUGCUCUGAAGCUGCUGGGAGAUAUCCAAGCAACUACAAUGCCUGGUCCCAUCGCAUCUGGGUUUUGCAGCACUUGGGAAAGCUGACUGUCAAGGUUCUUCUUGAUGAACUUUCUUCCACUAAGUAUUGGGUGUCCACGCAUGUUUCAGACCAUAGCGGAUUUCAUUACCGCCAGUUCUUACUGAAGUCCUUGAUAGGCAGAACUAUGCCUGACAAUAAUAUAGUAGUACAAAAACAAGUGGUAACUGAGCAAAACCCUAGCCUUCAAAAGGAGGAAGAAAGUGAAGCAGCAGAGGCUGCCUGUGCAGAAGAACAGAGCAUGGAUCUUCCCCGUCAUUUAAAGGAAGAGUUAGAACUCUGCACUGAUUUGAUUGAUACUUACCCAGGGCAUGAAACUUUGUGGUGUCAUAGAAGGCGUGUGUUCUACCUUCAGCACCACCUAAGCAACAAAAUUCCUCUUCUAAAUGUGGUGUUACCAUCUGUGGACAGCAGUGAUGAAACUUUGACUAGUUCACAACCCAGUCCUGCGACCAGUCACAUGGCACAAGCUAUGGAUGUUGAUGGUUUGAAUGAAUCCAGCAGCAAGCAAGGUUAUACCCAAGAAACAAAACGUCUGAAGCGUGCCCCUGUGCAGGACACUCUUGGCCCAGAAAUGGAAUACAGGUUCAUUGACAAAGUUUUAUCAACUUGUAGAGAUGUGGAACAAGUCAGAUUUGCUACUGCGUAUCGAAAAUGGUUAGUUACAUUUUUAGGUCAGUGAAGGAAAAGUUCAAAGCCUGCAGGGUUCUUCUUUUAGUGCAAUAUUCCCUUUUCACACACAAAUGCAUGUCUUGGUUGCAAGUGUUAGCUAACCAUGUAGUUCUCACUCUUUUAAUGGUCAGUGCUAAAGUUCAUAUUCAGAGUAGAUGUCUGUCACUUUAUUAAAGAACUGGCAUACUGUUUUAUUAAGCAUAUAUACUUUGCUAUCUUUAAUCCUUUUAACAAUCAUUCUCUUUCUACUUGUGGCAGCUUCCUAUCAUACUAUUUUCCUAUUUUUUUUUAGCUUCUGUAUUAGGAUGGACUCUGAAUAAUUUGGCUUAAAGAGUUUGAAAUGCUUUUGAAACACGUGUCAGCUUAACCUGUUUCCAGUUUGUUCCUCUUUACUAUAGUAGAUCCUGCUAGUAUCUUACAAAAGCUUAUUGGGUUCAGGCUUUAUUCGAUGAGGGCUAUUACUUUUGUAUUAGUACAGUCUUUGGUAGAAGACCAGACUGCAAUGUUUGUUCUUCCAGUUUCCAUUAACAGUGUUGGAGUCAUGCUUGCUAUUAUUGUUAUUUGGGUUUUUUUGCUUGUUAGUUGUCACAUAAGUUUAAUACAAAAGUCUGUGGAGGUAAAAUUCUUAAAAGCUGAUGCAGGAAAAUGAACUAAUUUUCUUCCUCACACAUGCGUGCACACACAUUCACGGUCAGAACUAUAUUGGAAACAUUUUUCUUUGAACGGAUAUCUUUACAUUCAUUUCCUACUUUGUAUUUAUUUAUUUAUUUUACCUUAACAAUCCAGAGUUAAUGACACUUGAUACACAUUUCUGAAUGUAUUGUGUACACUACAGAAUCGCAGCCUGCUAAAUCACACAUUUCUAAGUUGUACAUGGGCCAAGACUGUGCAAGUCCAAUAGAUGAUAAGGCAAAAAGUAAUUCUGCUGAUUGGUCUUUGAAACUAUACAGUUUAAAAAAGGAGGCAGGAGGGAGCUAUCUCUUCCCUUUUGUUCUUCUACAGGGCUUCCGUUUGGGGUUUUGGAUUUCUCUCUUUUUUUUUUUUUUUUCCUCUUCUUUCAGACAGCACUUCUUCUCCAACCAUACACCUCUGUUUACAUAACUGUAAAUGUUAAGGGAAUCUGAUACACAAAUUUCUAUUCCAGUGGAAUUAAAUAUGAAUGGAUUAUUUUGUAAUUUCCUUAGAACUUACCUAUUUAAGGGACUUUUACACUAAUGGAGUUGUGGUGAUCCAAAGACCCGGUGCAGAAAUAUUGUACAGCUGUAGAAGUUUGUGCAAUGGCAUCAUUACCUCUGUUUAAAACAGAGCAUACUUGCUGAGGGGAUUAGAUAAUCAAGCUAAAGCCUUUGCCAAAAUGCUGUAUGUUUCUCCUGCCGAAAGUGCCUCUUGACUAUAAGUUUCAAGCUGUUGUUUCUGUUGGGCAGAGAGCAACAAUGAGGGAGAAACAAACAGAGGUAGCCCACUCAAAAAGUUACCACUUGAAAAGAAGUGCUUGAAAUACGUGGAAUUCCAGCAAUUCUAAAUAAUUUGGUGGAUAGGAGUUGCUCUUUCCAUUUCAAAAUGAAAAUGGACUACCUCUGGUCUUAGUGUGUUCAUAAACCCAUUUCAGCCACAGAAUAGCUAACAGAGACAUUUCUAAACAUACGUUCUAAUGUUUACAGUUUCUAGAUAAGACUCAAGCAUCUUCAUGGCAAAGCUUUGUCUGUAUGAGCAUCUGUACUUGCCACUUUAUAGCGGGGAUAUACAUGGCUGUCUGUUUUCAGAUGCUCUGGUAUACUUUCUUCAAUGAUUGUUUUAAUUACAGAGCAAUGUAAUCAUGUGGGAAGGUGGUGUCAGAAUAGAAUGAGAGGAUUAUUAGGUUAUAUAAUGUUGUCUCUAUAACCAUUGAAAAAUGAUCAAGAACUUUUAUCCAUACUAGACUGCAGGCUGUUUUCUGUGUACAAAAGACAUAUUAAAAACCAAAUGUAACAGCCUGUCAACUUGGGUAAAGAUAUCCAAUUAAUGACUAGUGUAUACCUGGAAAGUGUGAAGUCAGCUGAUGUUCUUUGUUAUGGAUCAUGUUCUGUUCCUAGGUUACUUAGUAACUUAGUUGUUUUGUUGGUUUACCUUUGCAAAACUUACUUGUUCAUCAGAAAAGUAUUAGAGGAAGGAGCAGACUGGGAAUUGGGGCAGGACAAGAAAUACUGCUUGAACUGUGGAAGGGAAGAAAUGCUCUCUUCUCCUAGCAUUGGAAUGACUGAGAUUUUUAGAGAAACUUGGAAGAAUUACAACAGAAUCUGACUUGAAAUCCAUUAUAUAUUUUCUCUAGACUAUAAUCUGGAAUCUUAGUUGGCUUUCUUAGAACUGUGUCACAGAAAUUCUGUGCUGUCAAAUUUGACAAUCCUUCCAUCAUGAGGACAUAAGAUCAAACUGCUGCCUUCAAAUACAUGUUUGCAGCCCCUGUUGAUUGUCAGCAGGGGUUAUGCAUGCUUGCGUGAAUACAUGAUUUGAUCCUACAUAGCUGAAUAGAGUUGGAUUAUGUUUUCAUACCUGGAAAACAUUCUGAUAAUUCUGAGUAGAGAGAGUGCUAAUAAUUUAUUACAAUUAUAAAACACAGAUGGCUAUAGUAUGACUCCAAAGUGUAGGUUUUUAAAAUCUACAUCUGAUGGAAACGUUCUCCUUUUUUUAUCCGAUGAGAACAGUUACAUUUAAGAAGUAUUUGAGACCACAGUUUGCCACACAGAAAACCAAACGGUAGGGGGAAAAAAAAAGAUACUAGUUGCAACAGGUCAUGUUUUCCAUUUUGAAAGACAUGUAUUUAGUAAAUAGCUUUGAUUUUUUCAUCCUAACAGUAUAAAUGAUACUAAACAUGAAAAUAUAUAGCUAAAUUACUCAAAGCUGUCAGGCCUCUUAUGUGAGGCCUCUUACAUGACAUGAUUGAAGAUAUAUUUCCAGUAGAUUAUAAAAAGCUCAGAAUUGUAUGAUAUCCUGGAACCAUGAGCUUUGUAACAUAAUCUGCUUAACCAUUCAAUAUUUGUUCAGAGCCUCAUUUGGCCACUUUUUUUCCUUCCUUAAAUUAUUUAAAUAGCAGUUUUAAAAAGUAGCUUCAGGGCAUUGGCAAUUAACAUACAUAAAGGUUACUGCGAAAAGCUCCAUAGUGUUAAGUAAUGUAUGUUAGACAUUUCAUGUUUCAGAGAUCAGAGCAUUUUACUUUGGCCCUCUUGUGGAGGAAACAUCCAACUGAAGCUGUAGCGUAGAAGGCUGUUGCUCUCUGAAAUUCCUUCAGACACAAUCAGACUUUGUACAUCUGUAAACAUCUUCAUAAAAAGCUCAGCAUCUUUACUGAUUUUAUCUUUUGCUGUAAUAUGUGCCAUUUAAAUUGAUCCAAACUUUUUAUUCACUGGAUUAGUCUUUGAGCAAUUUCUUUGUGCUAGAAAUACAUUUGUUCCUCAAAUACACUUGUUCCUCAAAAUCUUUUAUUUAACUUGAAACUACUGAAAUGAGAACAGAAAGGAUCAUAUUUUUAAUGUGUUAAAUUCUGUGCUGUUACGUGCAUUAACUAUUACUGCAUUGGCAUUUGGUUUAUCAUCUUGUAUGUUAUAACCACUGGAGCAACAUGUGCAGCCUUAAAAAUAGCUACAAUUACAAACUAAUAUAAAGUUAAUAUUGGAACCCAUCCCUGUAUUUGCUGUGAUUAAUAUUUGUUAAUCUAUUCAUGCUUGCAUAUUGAAGUGUUUUGUUGACUUCUUAUACAUUUUUUAUGCAGUCAACAUCCUUGUGUUGUUUAAUAUGUGGAAAAGUAAAUUUUCAGUUUAUACUGAUUAAUUAAUUAUCUUUUAUAGAACUUGUUUUAAGAGAAAUAAGCAACUUGUUAAUAUAGGGAGAAAGCUUAGAUUGUCUUUUGCAAUCAAAGUUACAGGCAUUUCAAGUUUUGUGUUAGUGCUACCUAAUCAGAAUGUGUAGCUAGACUUUAUGGACAGGAGUAACUUUUUUACUCUAGGUAAUUAAUGAAGUUUUAGAACAGUACUGUAUAAUAAUGAUGAACAGAAACAAAGGGUCUUGAAAAGGCUUGUCUGCAUAGCCAGCUGAGCAAGCAAACCUUUUCAGAAUAAUGUACAGUACAGUGAACACAAUGUGACUACCAGAGAGUAAUUUAACCAACGAGUCUUCAGAGGCUUGAUGAGUGAAUUUUUAGACAAGGGUUUUUCUUCCUAGUUUUGCUUUACCUUCUACAUGACAUGAAUGGUCCUCAGCUUUUUGGAUUUAGUAGAAAGUGAACCUUUGCACUUACAAUGGGGGGAAAAAACUAUUUGGCUGUAUCUUCUACAGAUUUCUACAUAGGCUUUGAAAAAAGCAGUGAAGUGAAAGGUAGAUGUGACUUCUAAAUGCAUGUUUGUCCAGUUCUCUUUUGAUGAUGAGAGUUCUUUACACUUAGAAUUUACUGGGGAGAGAAAGGGGAUAUCACCUAUUCUUAAAUGCACUUAAUAUUCAAGUUAGUUUCAAAGGAAGGCCAGUGUCCUUGUCAAGGAUAAUUUUCCUUUUUUCCCAACAUGUACAGAAGCAUGUUUCCUCCCAAACUUACUGUCUGUUCUUCCAGCCAGCAAAGAAGAAUGUAGCAAAGUGUUGGAGAGGUGGCCUCCUUUAAUAUUUAGAUAACUCUGACUACCUCCUGAAGAGUGCUCUGAUUAAUGUCCUUAAAUGGAGUUCAUGAGACUCAAUUUUUUUGGUACCUCAUAUUAGGUCUAGACCCUCUUUCAGAGGUAAAAAGCAAGAGCUUUAUUUAUGAAGCCAUCUGGUUUGCCCAGAAGAGUUCAAACAAGAAAAAAUAAAGGAAAACCUUCAAGUCAUGGUUAAAGUUGUGAAAACUGUAAUUUGCAUUAACUUUCACUAGGCUUUUCCUCUGAAAAAGCAAUGUAUUGCUGAAAGAUGGAGGAAAUACGUGCUUCCAAGAAAUUCUUUGUAGUCAGUUUAUGCUUUUGGAAAAUUAUAAACCUGACACUUCCCUGUGGCUUUUACUUAGUGUGUAACGUUACUUCUCAGGGCAUAGAUUAUCAUAGUGAAUUAGGGUACAUUUUUAGAGUUUAUAGUCAUUAAUUAAAAAAAAAAAAGCUAAACAUAUAAUAACUGGCUUUUAAGAUUUCUUUUUUUUGUCUAGAAUAGUGUUUUAUAUCUAGCCACUAGCUAAUACUGUACCUAGUUAUCUGCUUUAGACUUUUAUCUGCCACUGGUACUCAUCUUCUCUACACAUAUUUUAUUCUGUAUAUUUAAUUACUGUUGCAGUCUGGCAGAAAGUUCCUAACUGUUGCUGGGUAUCAUCUGAAAUUUCCCUAGUGCCAUUCAGUAGGACAUUUGGUAUCUCAGAAGGUCAUAUGUUGUAAAGCUACAGGAUGGUUUUUUACUCUGUAUCUGUGUUCACACACUAUGUAGCUUAGGAUUUUUUUGGUGGGUUUUUUUGUGUUUUUUUUUUUUAAGUCUUGUUAGGAGUCUGAACACUAGAAUUACAAGAACUUCUAGUUUUCGAUAGCCAGCAUAUGUUUAUGCAUGAAACAAAUAUGCUAAAGAUAGAACUCUUAACUGAAGUCUAGUUUAUUAAGCAUCCUUAUCUGUAGCAUCUGGAAACCACUGUUAAUCCUACAUAUAGGCAGUGAGGGAGGAGGAGGAAAAAGAAUUCACAGCAAACAAGGUGCAUAGUUUGUUCACGUGAUGCUUUCCAAAUAGAAUAUAAUUAUGGUAAAACAAAGAAAUUUUCUUGGAAGACAUCUUCUUGUACGUUCAUUAUGUACCAAUUUCGUAAUUUUGUUCACCAGUAAUAGUCACAUUCCCUAUAUGGCUGUGAUGAAUGAACAGAUGAAUGUUUUUUUAACAUAUAGAUUAUGCUAUUGCCUGUAACUGAAAAAUCACAUAAAUGACAUAAGGUACCAGUAUUUGUUUAUACAAGACAAAAUACAUGUGUAUCUACUGUGAUCAUUACCAUUUGUUUCAGUUCUUUCUUUUUGUAGUGGCUACAUUUAAAACUGGAUAAUCAUCUUGUAAAAGCAUGCAAGAGAAUAGUCGUCUUUAAUUUCACGUAGCAGAAAAUAGGAGAUGUCUUGAAUGGUUUUAAGUAGCACUCUAACCCACAAUAGUGAAGGUCAGCACUACAGUAUUUAUGUAAGCCAUUAAACACUAAUUCUGUAGCAUCAUCAUCUCCAUCAGAGUACUAUUCCAUAUAGGACAAAAUGUUUAUUUUAUCAAGAUACAUGAAAAAGUAUUUAAUUCUCACAUCUUUUAUAUUAGGAAGAAACAGCUCCUUUUAACCAUAGUAAUAUUUUGCAUUUUAUGAAGAAUUCUCAGAUACACAGUUGUGACUAUUGUGAACUUUAUGCAGAUUUCUAGUGCUGAUUAACUAGAUAAAUGGUAAGUUUUGUAGCAGAAAGAAUAAAAUGAUGACAAAACAGUAAGACACUGGAAAGCAGUCCAAUAAAUGACCAGUGUUCUACAGCAUAGUGAAUAUAAAGCAUUAAGUUUGUCUUUCACUGGUUCUACUUUGUUAUAGGAUAAAUUUAUUUCAGAGAAUAUUUUUUGUCAUCAGUAGGCGAACUUAUCUGAGAAGGUAUAAAUGAUCUGUAUUUAUUCUCCCACAACAAGUGUGUGUGUGUAUGUGCAGAUGGAUGGAUGGUAGUAUUGUGUUAAUGUAAUGUUCUGUAAAAGGACAAAAUCUCCCAUAUAUGGCUAUUUUUAUGUAACACUGGUGAUCUAUGAACAGACUUUUUCUGUGGAAGAUGUAUCUGAAGUCUUUGAAUCUGCCUAGAUCACUGCCAAUAUCAGGGUUUGCUGAAAGCAGAGAGAUCUUUUGCUUCCCCUCUGCCGCUCAGUCUGUCUUCAUUCCAUGAUCCUUGGGUAAAUGCUGUUCACCUGCAAGCCAAAUUACUGGUGGCCUACUCUCGGUGUUUGGAGGGUGUGUUUGAGACAGUGAACGAGUUUGUAAGGUCCUACAAGUUUAGCUGGGAGAACUGGGAAGCAUUCAGUCAGUGUCCUCCCUGAAGGAUACCUUUCAAGAGUCCUCCAGGAAGGAACAGGCAGGCACACUAUAGAUGAAGUGCUCUAGCACCUCAGGAGACUAGGAAGAGGAAAGAAUGUAAGACACAAACUAAACUAACUGAAAGUGAUGUUUGAAUGCAAACAUCAAGUAGUCUUUUUGGUACUUUCUCAUUCUCAAUGUUUUUCUCAUGUGGUUCUUUUUAUAAAGAUAGAUGACAUUAAAAGAUUCUUGAAGUUACUCGUCAUCUUGAAUGUGUGCUGUUUCUAAAUUAUUGGGUUUUAAAUUUCUCCCAGAAGGCCUCAGUUUUAUUGGAAAGUUCUAGCACCUUUCCUCUUUUCUGCUAGACAAUGCGGUUCAUUUUGAAUGUCUUAAAAUGAGCACCUGAAAUCACAGGACAUUAAUGAAAAUAUUGUUUGUCAUUUUAAAUGCAAAACUUAAAAAGCAGAGACAUUUUCUGCUUAUAUGGGAAAUAUGGCUUGUUUCAUUUUUAUCUUACUAGCUGCUGGGAUGGAAGGCUGAAAGGAUUUAUAGGAGGCUGUGAGUGGGUAGGUACAAUUUUGGGGUCCAUUAAAUCAGAGAGCUUAGUGUGAGCAAGUAAUAAAUCCUUCCGAGUACUUGUACAAAACAAUUUGCAGGAUCUGGUCAUUAGUUUGUUACCACUUUGUGUGCUUGAUUUUACUUCUGUUAAAAAGUGUGACAGAAUUGCCACCAGAUUCACAUAGGAUCAGGCUCUACUGCAGAAAAGAUGUUAGUCACUACAUGGUAGCUUUGACAUAGUUAGUGUGACAGAUUGUAAGUGACUUCUUUGUCUUAUACAAAUGGUUGUAUUUAUGGCUUCAUGGAAGAAAGCUGGUAGGGUAGUAUUUAUUCAUUAGCACUGUUAUUGAGAAGAGACUGUUAGGAUUGUGGAAUGUUACAGGUUUAAAAAGAUAGCUAGAGAGAAAUAUGAGUACUACCAGAUAUAAACAGGUAGGAAAACUUUUCUUUCUUUCAAUGGAAAAGAUUUUGUACAAUGUACAUGCAUACAAACCAAGGUAAAGCAUGAGAAGUUUGGAAAGUAUUGCAUAUCAAGACAUGAAUGUAGGUUGAUGACUGAGCUUGAUGCCAGAUAUUUAGUGAGAGAUGGUCAGCUUUUAGGUGAUAACUGAUGUAACCUUGAAGGCAGGAAGUCUUAAUAAAUACCAAGUAGCUGAAGUCUUACUGUUCUCAAAGUGUGCUAUAAACAUUUACGGUGCAACAAGAAACUGCACAUUUGUCAUCCUGGUCAUCUCACGAACUUUUAUACCUAGGUAACAGCUAGUUUGCUUUUUAAAUGCAGCUACUUAACGUUGAUUUGAGAUGUUCUAGAAUUAUUUGUUGUCGUCUAGUACUAGCUCAUUUCUUCCACUCCUUUUAAUACUUUUCCAGUGGAACAUGAUUAUAAACCUAGCUUUGCUCUGAAGGGAAGUUGAAAUUCCACCAUAUAAACUGUUCAGCUCUCUGCUGUCUAGUUAGAAACAUAGGAGGGCAUUCUAACAUUGCUUUCUAGUUGUGCACACUGAGUUUUACCUUGUUUAUCUCAAAUAUUUUGUAUUGCAUGUUAAUUAUAUUUUUACAUAUCCUAAUAGUGCAAAAUAUAUUUAAAAAAACAUCCCUUGAGUCCUAACCAUUCUAUGCAGAUGUCUUCCAAAAUUUACAGGUACAAUUUUAGUGGUGGUGGUUGGUAAAUGGAUUUUUUCCACUUAUUUAUCAGCAGACUUGUUUUUAUAUGUAUUAGUGACAGAAUGUACUAAGCACAGCUGUAAGUUAUUGUAUUUCUGUAGAAAAUGGAAAAUAGUGUAAAAUUGUUUUUGUUAAAUGUUAGCAGUUUUUAAAUAAACUUUUCAUCUCCUAAAAAAUCUGUGUGGCAACCUAUUUAACCUAGAGUCCAAAUUCAUUGUUUGUUUACAAACAGAUAUUCUUCUUAAUUAGUGCUGAUCUCCUUUCUGCUGCUUCUUAAAUAGGAACUGCAUCUUCUUGUAUGAACAUAAGGUAGUGUCAGCAGAUUUAGUUCAUGGGCUGUUUAAGCAUCAACAGUUACGAUAUUUUCAGAUGCAUUCCUGCAUGUUUGGUUUGAGCAUAGCUUACACAGGGAUGAAGAACUGUAAUUUUUGCUUUUAAGAAAUUUGGCAUUAUCUAGAGUUGUAAAAUUUUGACAGCUGAAUGAAGUUCACGUUUCUCUAAUGUCCUUGAUUUUCAGCAUCCUGUGUAUUAAAGUGCUUGCUGCUUUUAAAUCUGGAGGGUCAGCUGUAAUAGCUUAUGCCACAUGGACAGCAGUCUUCCUAGGGUUCAUAAAAUUCCCUGUGCUUAUAAUUAUAGAUUGGAUAGAAAACAUAUCACAUCUUAAAAUUAUGAAGCUAGGUAACUGCCUUUUUAUGUUCAAACAAUAUGCUUUGCUUGAUUCAGAUUAAAGAUAGAGAUAAUAUAGAAGUGUGGUACUUUGAUCGCAGCUGAUUCUCUUUAGGACAAAACUUUUGCUGCAUAAAUGUGAAGCUACCUGAUAAGAAUCCUUGCAUUACUCCUAAACUGAACUUGAUAAAAAAUUUCUUAACUUCCUAAUUAUGCAAAUAUAUAUGCAUUAACACCUGGAUCCACAGUGCGAGUUCUUAGAUGUGCGGUUAUGCUUCUCCAGCAACAUUCUAUCUUAUGUAUAAUUUUGAGUUUUCAUUUAUUGAAUAUUAUUAUUUAUCAAAAUCCUAUGUUAAGAUGUCUUUCAUAGAUUAAGGUAAAGCUGCAGUAUAAAUCUUUCCAAUGCUUUGUUUAUCAGGGCAAUCAAUAGUUAAAGAUCUUUCAUUCCAGGUUGUUAUCCACAUAACUCAGAGGUUCACAGUAUCUACAAAAUUACUGAUACUAGCAGAAUGUCUUUUUUUUUUAUUCCACCUAAAGCGUGACUGUAUUAGGUUAUUCUAGUAUAAUAGGUGUAUGUAAAAGCUGCUUUGUAUAAAGUUAAUCAGUUGCAUAUUUUAGAUACUUUAUAGGACAUGACUGGAAUCCUAGGUCCAAUCAUUUUUAAGUUUACUUGCGUGUUUUUUGAAUUGUCUUAUCUUAAUAUCUUGAUCAUCAGAUACAUGUGAAAAGUCAUGGAUGGCAUUAAAAUAAUGUGAUGUG